AUGGUUUCUGCUUCUCGUGCUACAGCCGCUAGGGUUUCCUCUUUCCUUGCUACAGCUGCUAAGAAUUCCGAUUUGCUUGCUACAGCUGCUACAAUCUCCGAUUCACCUGCCACAUCUGCUAGUGUUUCUGCCACCCCUGCUGCUGCCCCUGGUGCUCCACCUGCUGCUUCCCCUACUGCUGCCCCCUCCUCCUCCAUCUCCACAUCUGCUGCCACUGCCUCUGCCUUCGUCCCCUCCUCUAUCUCUGUGGUUGCUACCAGUUCCUCUGCCUUCGCUCCCUUAUCUGUCUCUGGGCAAGGUCUAGCCUCGGGGCAUGACGUGGGGCAUGAUUUAGGGGAAGGUGUGUUUCUCCCGAUGACCCUUGACUCCCCACCACCACUCUCUGCCGCCCGCCAGGGGCCCGUGAGGCGGCUGUUUGGGGAUGGAGAGGGCAUGGCAGGGAAUGCAGGGGGGGUGGGAGGUAUAGGAGGAAUGGGAGCAGGAGGAGUGGGAGCAGGGGGCAUGGUUGGGCUGUUUGGGGAUGGAGAGGGCAUGGCACGGGAUGCAGGGGGCAUGGGUGACUCAAGGACGGUGAAUGGCAUGGAGAUUGGUUCUAACGAUGGUGUGGUAUACUAUAGUAGCCAGUGGGGAGGGGAGGAGGGAGGAGAGGAGGAAGGAGGGGAGGAGCAAACGGAGCAAACGCAACCAGCUAUGUAUUACGAGGGGUUGACGACUCAAGUGGUCUAUGGUGCUGCAGCAGCAGCUAAUGCUGAGGCAUUUCAAAAGCCAACUGGUGGGAUGGUGCAAGCAGCUGGAGCAGUCCCGUUUCGCCCCAAGGCUGUCAUACCCCCUCGCUUCAUCUCCCCUACUGCUCCCACCUUUGUUCCUUCCUCUGCCUCCUCUCUGCCCUCCAACCAUCCCUCACUUCCCUCGUCCCAUUCCUCCCACUACUCUCUCUCCUGCUCUCACUCCACUCUCUCCUCCUCACACACCACUGUGCCAUCCGCCCCUCUCCGGGCAGAGGAAUGGCAGGGAUCACAGAGUGUAGCAGCAGAGGUUUCUGGUGGGAUGGAGGAGUGGCAGGGGCAGCAGAGUGCAGGGCUGGGAGUAUCUGGUGAGCCAGCAGGAGGCAGCUCGCUGGCAGCAAGGGAGUCUAAUUUUGAGGCUCCUCGAAAUUCGUCUCACUGGCAGGGGCAGCAGAGUGCAGGGCUGGGAGUGUCUGGUGUGCCAGCAGGAGCAGGAAUGAGCAGCAGCAGUGGGUACGGACGUGGGGGGUAUGGAAGCGGAACAGACGUGAUGUCAGCUGCCAUGGCAGCAGGUACGGCAGCAGGCACGGCAGCAGGCAUGGCAGCUGGUACGGCAGCAGGUAUGGUGGCAGGCAUGGCAGCAUACGAGCCUAGUGGUUCAGCAGGAAUGCAAUCAGGCAUGGCAGUGUAUGAGCCUAACGGGGCAGCAGGCUCGGAAGCAGCCAUGGCAGGUAGCAGCGGGAUGCAAGGCAUGGGUGGUCAUGCAGGUGCCAUGGGAUGGCCCCAUGGCACAUGGCAUGGCAUGGUGGCACAUGGCAUGGUCGGGUCUCCUCCUGCUGCAUGGCAUGGCAUGGUCGGGUCUCCUCCUGCUGCAUGGCAUGGCAUGGUUGGGUCCCCCCCUGCCCCACACUCAGCACACUCAGCACAGUCAGGGCUGCCAGUUGCUCUUCCAACCUGGCAGAUGGGAGUUGCACCUGCCACUGCUACAGCUGUCGCUGCUGUUCCUUCUGUUGCCGCUGCUGCUGCGCCUGCCCCCUCUGCUGCUGCGGCUGCUUCUGUCCAUUACGCCAAAGCUACUUUUGGAGCCCAUGACGUGCCUGAGAUGUGGUCCGGUAUUCCUUCCCAGCCUGGAGGUAUGGGAGAAACAGGUGUGCAUGGUAUGGUUGUUGGCAUGGUGCCGGGAGGGAUGAUGAUGGGUGGGUAUGGUAUGCAUAUGCAUGGUAAUGGGGAGGGGGAUGGGGGUUUUGUUGGGAGUGGUGGUGGGGAGGUUGGAGUUGCUCCUUUGCACUGUCCUGUAUGUCAUGGUUAUCUUGCCACUUCUGCGGCUGACUUGGCAGCUCAUUUGGAUCAUUGUGCUCGUUACAGCCAUUAA